GCUAAUGAUAAACAGUAAACAUGGAAAAGGCAAAUUAAACGCCUGAACGGAAAACGCCGCUAGAAAAUUAGUACUGAACUUCAUCAUUUAUUCAGUGUCGCUAUUGAACUCGCGCAGUUUAUGAAAUUCAGAUUGGCACUGGAGUCUCGAAAAUAACAAUCUGUACAGAGCCUACACAAUACGUUUGGAUUCCACAUGAUCAUUGACGAAGCCAUGACAAGUCAAGGAGUAUCCUAUGUGUUCGGUGUUCUCUACAGUUUAGCUUUCGCUACAAAUAUCAUUGGGAAUAUUAUCGUAUGCGUAGUGGUAAAGCAAUGCAAAAAUYUACAAAAUUUCACAUCGUUGCUGCUGGUAAAUCUCGCUGUAAGUGAUCUAGCUUUGGGGGUUUGUGGCUCAAUACAUCUUAUCAUUUCAAUUAAUGGUGGCAGUGAGAGUCAUCUGGUUUGUUCAAUAAUGAGUUCUGCUGUGUAUUUGAGUGCUGCAGUGUCUGUUUAUACAAUAACUGUACUGGCUUUCGAGCGAUACAUUGCAAUCAAAAGACCCUUCUACAGCCGAAGUAAUGUUACCAAGUCAAAACUCAAAGUUAUUAUUCCAGUAAUUUGGGUGUUUGCAGCGAUAGUAUCAAUGCCUUCUCUGGUGUUUUUUACCCKGCGAAAUGAUCAAAAGCAUGAUUUGUUGCCAUGUUGGGAUGCUCUUACACAGGAUAAUUUUCCUCGAUUCUACAAAAUUCUUUUGCUAAUAUUUUUGUAUCUUCUGCCUAUGGCGGUAAUUGCUAUCUCUUAUGGAAAGAUUUUCAGGCAUUUGUGGUUUACUGAACACAAAAAGGACAAGACAACAAGUAAAGUUGUUUAUGCAUCUCGACGACAACUGACCAAAGUUCUCGGGAUGGUUAUUAUUGUAUUCAAUGUCUGUUGGCUUCCRUGGUUCUUCGUCGAUCUCUUAACAUCUUUUAACUUAAUUGAAAAAUACGUKUAUGUGAGAUCAGAAAUUAUUGCAUUUUGCGUUAUCUUAAAUUCUAGYAUAAACCCUGUUAUUUAUUCACUUCAAAGCAGAAAUUUUAGACGUCACGUCAGGAGUCUCGUCAAGAAAAAGACUGGAAACUUGCGCAAAUGAAUUAUCUUCCAAUUUAUGUGAUUAGGAGGGCAGGUGACCUAUAUAUCUUUCAUCAUGACGUCAUAAACAUUAUGUUCUCAUUGAUAUCGCAAUCAAUUUUUUAUCGAGUUUUUUAAAGGUUUUGAUUUUUUAUGUUAUCUAUUUGCGGCAGUUCUUCGUCAAUGGUUUGGUACACAAGAAACAAAUUAUCAGCCAUUGGCAAAGCUACUAGAUAGUGGAAACCAGUCAUUAAAUAAACCGCAAGAAAUGAAAAUUAGCUAUUGACAAUCUCUCUAGGGAGCGGAUUCGGAAAAGGAAUGAGAAGCACCUUCCUAAAAACAGGAAAUGAAGAUUAUGAGACU